AUGAGCUGUGCUCAACUGCUGAUUACAUCUGAGCAGAUGGGCAGGCGUAUUAAGAUCUGCUCAGACAGUAGAGCGGCCCUAGGGGCGCUGGGGGCGUGCGUCUUUGACUCGCGGCUGGUAUGGGAGUGCAAGGAUGCAUUGAACAGGCUAGCCGCGGGCAAUGACGUUGCUCUCGUGUGGGUCCCGGGGCACGCGGGAAUCCAGGGAAACGAGGUCGCUGAUGAGCUGGCAAGGAGCGGUUCUUCAGUUAGAUUAGUGGGGCCGGAACCGGCCCUUGGACUGCCAGGCUGUAGGGCCAAGGCGAGAAUAAGGGACUGGUUGCGCGACCGCCAUAUGAACUAUUGGAAGGAAGAAACAAGAAGGCAAGGGCCCUGCUGGGAGAAGUGCCCAGUAGGGACCUUGCUAAGAACAUUAGGGCCUUAA